GACACGGGAGGAGUUUAUGUCUGGGUGUAAAUUUUACUUUCUCUUUCAGUUAUUUUUAGCAGUUUAUAGAUCUACAUAAAAGGAGGUUGUAUUUACUUUGUCCUGCUGUAAAGGUUUCUUUCUCACACUGGAUCAGUCAUGGAGGAAAGCUUCCCUUUCAAGUACUCUUUAUUGGAAUACCUGUUUACAUUGUUGGGAUUGUUUUUUUUCCUGGCGGAUAUAGCACUGGACAUUCGGACUGUUGUGAAUUUUUAUCAGGAUGGAGCCUAUGUGUAUAUGACGGUGAUGAUCGUUCUGCUGCUGGGAUCUUCAGUAUUGUUACAGGUGUUCAGCUGGCUCUGGUACUCAGAUUUCCUGGAGACUAAGCUUGAGACUAAGGUGGAGGAGACUAAGCUUCAGCUUGAGACUAAGGUGGAGGAGACUAAGCUUGAGACUAAGCUUAAGCUUGAGACUAAGGUUGAAGAAUUUGCUAACAGGAAUAAACUGAUCAAACCACUCCACUUCUUUCAGCUUGGAGUCUACCUCAGGUAUGCUGGGGUGGUAGAGGUUUCCUCUAUACUUUGUUUUAAAAAACCGAAUAGAUUCACAGAGGGUGUGGCUGUAUUGAUGAACCAGGACCUUCAGAUGCUUCGUUUCUUUGAGGCAUUUUCUAAAAGUGCCCCAAAACUCAUACUUACGAUGUGUAAAAUGUUACAGAGCGGAGAGCCGGAGCUUAUUACAGGUUUAAAUUCCUUCUCAUCAGCUGUUUCAAUAGCCUUUACCGUAGCCUUGUACCACCGCAGCAUGCGUUCAUAUCUUCAAGAAAAACACAAGAUAAGCUGGAUCUCCACUGGCGUCUACUUUCUGUGGAACUUGUUGCUGAUCAUUCCCCGUGUAACCGCUCUGGCGCUCUUUUGCAGUGUAUUGCCAUGCUACAUCAUAGCCCACUUCCUGUCUUUGUGGAUGCUGCUGGUUUUAGGGGUCUGGAGCCAAAAAACAGAUCACAUGGAAAGGCCUGGUUGGGAAUGGCUCUUCAGAGCUACUAUUGGACUCAUCUGGUACUUCAGCUGGUUUAACGUAUCAACAGGAAGCAUGAAAAGAAAGACUGUUCUCUAUAAUGCUGUCAUGGGGUUGGACACGAUGAUACUGCUGGGCUUCUGGUGCUGGAAGGUGUUUGAGUUUACAGGCUGUUGGAGCUCCUCAAAUCCUUACGUAGUGAUCCCGCCACUACUAGGUUUGCACGUUGCUGGAAUUCUUGUGGAAAUUAUAUACUACAAAUGGUUUCAUCCUAACUGUGAUGAGCAGAAAAUAUCUAAGCCCAGUAAACAUCAGAAGAAUAGACACCAUAGAAAAUAUUAUAGGAUGAAUGCCAUGCAACCGGUAUCUGAAAAUAGAGCUCCUGCUCAACCUGAACCUGAACCUGUCACUGGUGGUCUGAAGAGGGGGAUGAACAUGGCUGCUAAUUUCUACUACUAGUUCUAUAAUAUAUGACUAUAAAAACUGAUGCAAUCUCAGUAUUGGCUUUAUGCACAGCUGCACUACUUCCUAAACGUCAGCCAGCUCCUUGUUUCUUGU